CCAUUGCUCCACGGAAAAAGCUUCAGCCUUAACGUACGCAGCGACCUAGAAACAGAAGUGAAAGGACACUUUUAUUAGAAAGCAACGUUUAUUUAAGGAUCAUUUAAGGUGGAGGUUGGAUGUUUACAUGUCUUGUCUGGUGAGACCGCCUCUCCAACACCGGGAGAACCGCGUCUGAUGGGGCAGCGAGCCGGGCUAGGGGGAGCCGGGCUAGGGGUAGCGGUGUUGCUGACUGCUGUGCUCCGCUGUGUUCCCGGGUACGUGGCGAGCUGUUCCGCUCCCCUGGAGAGGGCCUGUGACUUCUCCCCCGACUGUGAGGACGGCAGCGAUGAACUGGACUGCGAGCUGUACCGGCGCUGUGACUUCCAGGAGGGGUACUGUGACCUGGUCCCGUCCCCGGAGGCGGUGCCUGGAUGGACCCGUCGACCUGGAGGUCCCAGGAUCAAACGCGACCACACCAACAACCAAUCAGCCUACUUCCUGUCUCUAGAGCCAAUCAGAGACCAGGGAUCAGCAGCAGAGCUCAGGAGUCCUGUCUUCCUCCCCUCCCUCACCUGCCAGGUGAGGUUCUACCACCACACUGAGACCAGCGAUGGGGACCUCCAGGUGCAGGUCCGGGACCCUCUGUACGGCCGGACCACCCUGCUGUGGAAGGCCUCAACCGCCGGGGAACCACGGCAACCCAGCCCGGUCUGGGCGCCAUGGCGACGCACCGUGGUCCAGGUCACCAGUGACCGACCGUUUCAGGUGCUGAUUGGAGGACAGCUAUCAGCAGGCAAUGGGUCCUGGGAGGUUGUUGCCGUCGACGACAUCUCCUUCGAUCCAGGCUGUCAGCCCGCACACGAGACAGGGAAGCCCUCGGCCCCUCCCUGCGCCCCCGGCUUGGUCCCGUGUGGGGGGGGAGGAGGGGGGGGUGUCCAGGCCAGCCAGGUGUGUGACUUCACCCCCCAGUGUCCCCAUGGCGACGAUGAGAAACACUGCCCGGCACUCUGUGACUUCGGGACGGACGGCUGUGGCUGGCAUGAGGUCUCACCAGGCGAUGGAUUUGAUUGGGUGAGAGGACAGACAGAGGACGUCCCCCCAGACUACCAGGGUCACCCCGAACUCCUGGACCACUCCACCAACACUACUGAGGGUCACUUCCUGUUUGUGGUGCAGAACAGCAGCAGCCUGUCGCCCCGCGCCGUGCUCAGAGGACCUCAGUUCCAGCAGUCCUCUUCCUCCUGCACCAUGACCUUCUGGCACUACAACGCGGGAAUCUCGGUUGGGGCGGUGGACCUGUACCUGCGCGUCUCCGGCUCCGACAACAACAACACGGUGCUGUGGAGGGCCUUCAACAGCCAGGGCCCCCGCUGGAACCGGGUGGAGGUUCAGCUGGGACGCAUCCCCCGGCCCUUCCACCUGCUGCUGGCCAAGCUCAGCAUGGGCAUGUUCGACGGCGUCUCCGCCCUCGACGACGUCGCGUUCCGGAACUGCUCGUUGCCCCCGGCGAUGGAGGCGUGCCCCAAGGCUGGCCAGUUCCACUGCGCCCGCAGCCGCGCCUGCGUGGACCACCUGCAGGUCUGCGACCUGACGGACGACUGCGGCGACGGAUCCGACGAGGAGGGCUGCGCUCCAGAGCUCCAGUGCGACUUCGAGGAGGGCCUGUGCAGCUGGUCCCAGGACGCCGGCGGGGCCGACGUCUUCGACUGGACCCGGGUGCGGGGCCCCACCCCCACCCUGAGCACGGGCCCCUGGAAGGACCACACGCUGGGCCUGGCCCGGGGCCACUACCUGUACAUCGAGGCCUCCGCGCCCCAGGCCUUCGGGGACACGGCGGUCCUGCUCAGCCCGGUGUUCCAGCCCACCCCGGGGGGCUUCUCAGGGGGCCAGGCUCCCUGUGUGAUGCGGUUCCACUACCACAUGUUCGGGACCCACGUGGCCCGCCUGGCCGUGUACAUGAGGACCACCUCCGCCGGCCGCGGACACAUGCUGUGGCUGCAGUACGGUAACCGCGGCGACCUGUGGCAUCGGAAGACCCUCUACCUCAACAGCGGCCGCCCCUUUCAGAUCCUGGUAGAGGGGACGGUGGGAGACGACUUCAGCGGAGACAUCGCCAUCGACGACCUGUCUUUCCUUGACUGUUCCCUGAACGAUGAGCCGCUGCCCUCGGUGCGGCCCACCGCCCCCCCGCCGAGGACCGAGACCCCCAGCCCCCCGGCCGACCGCUGCCCCCCCGGUCUGGUGUCCUGCAGCGCCCCCCCCGGGUGCGUCUCCCAGGAGGCCCUCUGCGACUUCAACCACGACUGCGGCGACGGAUCGGACGAGGAGGGCUGUGUGCGGGAGGUGUGUGACUUUGAGGGGGGAGACCUGUGUGGGUGGAGGGGGGGGUCCUCCCUGGCCCAUGCCUUCCACUGGGCCCCUGAUCAGGGAGAGACCAUCCACGACGGGGAGCAGAACCACCGGCCGGUCCAGGACCACACACUGGGGGCUCCGGAGGGCUGGUACAUGUGUGCAGACAGCUCUAAGGGGAGCUACGGCCACGCCAGCGACCUGAGGACGCCUCCCAUCUCCUCCACCGGCCCACAAUGCACCCUGGUGUUCUGGUACCACAUGGGAGGAUUCACCGUGGGGUCACUGCAGGUGUUGCUAAGGCACGGGAACGUCACACACGUGGUGUGGUCCCAGACCGGUAACCAGGGCAACCGGUGGAGGCGGGGCGAGGUGUUCAUCGGGAUCGCCAACAGCCUCCAGGUGGUGUUCCGGGCGCGGCGGGGGGUCAGCUACAUGGGGGACGUGGUGGUGGACGACGUCAGCUUCCAGGGCUGCGCCCCGGGGCCCCCGGUGCCCCGGCCCUGCGGCCCCCAGGAGUUCUCCUGCUCCAGCGGCCGCUGCGUCCCCCAGGACCUGCUCUGUGACUUCAUCGACCACUGUGGGGACGGCUCCGACGAGGACCCCUACUACUGCAAGGGUUUCCGGGGUCGCUGUAGCUUCGAGGUCGACCUCUGCUCCUGGCGCCAGAGCGAUCGGGACGACUUUGAUUGGCUGAUCAAGGCCGGGGCCCCCCCCAGGGUGGGGACGGGGCCCUCCACAGACCACACGGUGGGGGGCCCCGGGGGCCACUACCUCUACCUGGACGCGUCCUUCCCCAGGGCCCUAGGGGACACGGCGCGCAUCAGAGGACCUGAGUGGAGCCACCGCAGCACACACUGCACGAUGCGGUUCUCGCUCCACAUGUCGGGCGACGGCGUGGGGGCGCUGGCCGUGAUGCUGGUGAGCGGCGGCGGCGGCGGCGGCGGCGGCGGCGGCGGUGGCGACGGCGGCGGCGGCGGCGGCGGCGGCGGCGGCGGCGGCGGCGGCGGCAGUGGCGUUGGUGGCGGCCUGCGGACGCUGCUGAACCUGACCGGGGAGCAGGGCCACUACUGGCAGAGCCGGCAGCUCACCCUGGCCGCGCCCCGAGACUUCAUGGUGGAGUUCCGGGGCAAGGUGGGACGCAACCCCAUGAGGGAGAUCUGCCUGGACGACGUGGUGUUCUCCCCAGGGUGCCUCCCCGCGCCGCAGGCAGAGACCCCCGACCCUCUGCCCCCCACAGGCUGUCCGGCAGGGUUCCUGCGGUGCUCCAGCGGGGGUUGUGUGUCUGAGGACCGCUGGUGCGACUUCAGGGACGACUGCGGCGACGGCAGCGAUGAGGUGCAUUGUGGGACGUCGUGUUCCCUGGAGGCAGGCCGCUGCGGCUGGAGCCCCUCCCCCGCCGACACCCUGGACUGGACCCUCGGGACCGGGACCCCCAACAGCGUCGGACCCCCCCACGACCACACCCUCCACACCCAGCAGGGUCACUUCCUGUUCCUGGCCUCCAGUCCGGGGGGUGUGCGUGGGGAUAAGGCCCACAUGAGGAGCUCUGUGUGGAGGGCCUCAGGCCCCUACUGCCGGCUCUCCUUCUGGUACUACAUCUCCCAGCAUGCCUCAGGAACCAUCCGCCUGCUGGUCAAGACGGAGGAGGUUCUGCAGGAGCUGUGGAGGAGCUCGGUGGAGGAGCAGCAGGGGAUCGGGUGGAGGAGGGCGGAGGAGGAGCAGGCCAGAGGGUGGAGGAGGGCGGAGGAGGAGCGGGGCAGAGGGUGGAGGAGGGCGGAGGUCAUGCUGAGCAGCAGGAGGAACUUCGAGGUGAUCUUCGAGGGGGUCCGGACCCAGGACCUGGGGGGGGGGGCUGCCCUGGACGACCUGGAGUACACACGCUGCGCUGUUGGCCCAGGCAGCUGUCCGUCAGCCUCAGACUUUGUGUGUGGGAGCGGAGAGUGCAUUGAGUCCCGCCUCCGCUGUGACAGCAAACCCGACUGUCUCGACCAAUCAGAUGAAGCCGCAUGUGACCAUAUCUUCAGCAUGCCAGGGGCGUGUAACUUCAACAUGCCAGCCGACCAAUGGGAAGAGGUCUGCCAGCUCACCCAGGAAAAGCACGACGACUGUGAUUGGACGAUCGCCCAUAUGAGUCACACACUAGGAAGUGGACCUCUUGGUGAUCACAGCCCAGGAGGUGGAGGGGGGUUCCUGUACCUGAACUCAGCUGCCCAGAGGGAGGGGGAUGUUGCCAUGGUGACGACCAGCAGGCCGUUCCCCGCCAGCAGGGGGCGCUGUCACCUCCGCUUCUGGUUCUACAUGCAAGGCUCCGAGAGCAUGGGCACCCUCAAGGUGUACACGGUGGGGGCCAGCGGGGUCCGCCUCCUGAUGUGGGCGACCGGCGGUAACCACGGCGACCAGUGGACCUACGCCAGCGCGGUGCUGUCCAACCCCGCGCCCUUCAGGGUGACCUUCCAGGCCCAGGUGGGGGGGGACUCGCAGACAGACGUGGCCCUCGACGACAUAACGUACACGCCAGAGUGCAUCAUGGGAGGCGAUGCCACCCCGGCGCCCCCCCACUGCGGCCCAGGUGAGUUCCAGUGUUCCCACUCCUCCCAGUGCAUCCCCCUCAGCUGGCUUUGUGACGGACAGCCGGACUGCGUGGACCAAUCGGACGAGCGGAGCUGCCCGGCGCUGGUGCCCGGGACCCCGCCCCCCCAGGGGGGCUGUCCCCCGGGUCACUUCCUGUGCGCCGACAGCUGCCUGCCCUCGCUGCUCCGCUGUGACGGGGUCCCGGACUGCCCCCUCGGCGAGGACGAGGCCGCCUGCCCGGUGCGGCGGUGUGUGUCGGGGUCUCUGGUGUGUGAGACCUCCUCCUCCUGCCUCCCUCUGGACCUCCGAUGUGACCGCACCCCCCACUGCCCCCCCUACCUCCCCGACGAGUCCAGCUGUCAUGAGUGCCCUCAGUCGUUUUGUCUCGCAGGAGGAACGUGCACCGUGGGGAGACACGGGCCGACGUGCGCGUGUAGCCCAGGGUGGACAGGAAACCGCUGUCAGGUGAAAGAAAAGGACACGCCCCUAACCACCCCUCCCCCACCUCGCCCGCCCCACCGUCACCGCCACCUCGACUCUGUGUUUGUGGGCGUCACCCUGGGACUGGUGCUGGCUGUCAUGGCAACGGGACUGAUGGUGGUAUUCACCAAGACAAGGUGUUGCGACAGUGGACCGGUGAAGGGUUCCACCUUUGACCCCAAAUCAGAGCUGUCUGGAGGGGGAGCAGCGGGGGUCUGGCCCCGGGACCCCCCCAGGAGGGGCCCUCUCCCUGAGCUGGCCAUCAGCGUCUACCCCUGGAGCCACGCACAGAGUUCCACAGGAUCCAGGGCUCGGUUGGCGUUCGCUAACCCCCUCUACCAGCUCUCUGCUGGGGCUAAAGACUCUGCCGGCUCAGCUCGUGGGACCGCAGCGGACCAGCAUACCUCCACGACCUGCUCCUACUGAAACCUCUGGUUCAGUGUGACGAGGUGACGACCAGGAGAAGAGGGG